AUGGUGGCUGUAGACAUCGUGUCAAGGGUUUCGUCCAGUGUAAAUAAUGACAAUGCUAAUAAAAUAGUCGGCGGUUUCAAUACAACCAUACAAAAGUUUCCUUACCAAGCAGUACUCUAUGUAUUUAGAGGAACAGUAGACUACCAAUGUGGAGGAUCUAUUAUAAGCACACGAUACAUUUUAACAGCCGCACAUUGUUUACCAGGGGCGACAAAGAUAAGAGUCAGAAUAGGUAGCUCAGAUGCCGACUUUGGCGGCAAAACAUACUAUUCGUCUAACUUUAAAGGUCACCCCGAAUACAAUCCUAUAACUUCCGAUUACGAUGUAGCGUACGUACGCUCGGACUAUAAGAUGAAAUUAGAUGGAGUUAAUGCUCGGACUGUUAAGUUGGCACCCAGUGGAAGUUUUAUUGAACCUGGUACUAUUCUCACAGUGUCGGGCUGGGGAGCAGAUGUGGAAAAUGGCAGUGUUGUUGAGAAUUUGAAGGCAGUAACAGUACCAGUUGUAUCUUACGCGGCGUGCAGGCGAGCUUACAAAACGGUCACAGUCAGAAUGAUUUGUGCUGGCGAAGAAGGGAAGGAUUCCUGUCAGGGUGACUCAGGUGGUCCAGCGGUGACAGACGACGGAAUCCAAAGAGGUGUCGUCUCUUUCGGUUAUGGUUGCGCUCGACCAAGAAACCCAGGUGUUUACACAAACGUGUCCUACGUACGAGAAUGGAUCUCGGAGCAUACUGGCGUAUGAUUCUGUUUGAACUACCCAAAUAUGUGAUUAAAUAUUUUUAAAUUAAUAUUAAAUAAGUUAUUUUAUAAUUA